UGUGCCAUCACCUUGCUGAGACAUUAUUCCGACUAUGGCUCCCUCGCUCUUAGAUCUGUUUGCUUCUGCGUCCUGUGGCUCGGUGCCACUUCUGAAGCUACAUGCUGCGCUAUAUAAGAGACCCCAGCAGCUUCAAGCAGCUGGGAACGCUUGUACUGUGGUCCAACUCAGAAGCAGCGUGCAGGAAACUCUGGUGACUCCCUUCCAGGGAAGACAGUUAUCUCCAUUGCAGGGCAGGGGGCUCUGCAAGUGAAGGGACAGCACCUGCUCCUGAACCAAACAAUGAUCCUAGCAGAAGGAUGGAUCUUUUCUCUUCUCCUCCUUGGAGCCACCUCUGUUCCAGGUGAGAGGACUCUGAAGCAAUCCACCAGCAGGAUCCGGAUGGGACAGAGACCCCUCAGGGCAUUUGCAAGGCACAAUGCAACGAGUACUUUGCUGCAAGAUUCAAAAAAGUAUUGGUCUCCAUGGUCGAAAUGGAGCGAGUGCUCAGCAAAGUGUGGCCAAGCCGGUGUUCAGAAGCGCACCAGGACCUGCCUCGCUGAACGCCUCUGGGGUCUGCACUGUAAUGACGCGACUGAGGAAGGGCGGCUCUGCACUGGACAUGCUUGCUCAGCCUGCAACAUCACUUGCACCAUGGGCCACGUGAAUGCCGACUGCGAUGCCUGCAUGUGCGAGGACCACGUGCUACACGGGAUGGUCUCCCUACCAGACGGUGCGCCAGCCACUGACGCCGCGAUCUACCUGCAGUCCAAGGAGAUGAAACUCUUAACCAGGUCAGACAGAAAAGGGAAGUUCUGGAUUCCUGGAGUGUGCCCGGAUGGCAAAAACAUUCUUAAAAUAAAACAGGCCAAAUACGCAACUGCUACUAUCACCAUGCCCAAAAGCUCCAAGAGACUCUCAACAAUCAAGGUGCACCUGAAAAGAGCAGGCAAACCAUACCUUGUAAAGAAUCCGGUGGACAAAGCAAGAAGAGUUGGGCAAAGUGUGGCACUCUGCUGUGACGCUGUUGGGGAUCCUUCGCCUGAUCAAUAUAUCUGGUAUCACAAUGGGACUUUGCUGGAUUCCUCUGUGUAUAAAUAUGAUAAUAAGCUGGUGUUAAAGAACGUGAAGGCAAACCAGGCAGGAGAGUAUUUCUGCAAAGCUAGCAAUGACGCAGGAGCUGUGAAAUCCCAACCCGCCAAACUUUCUGUAAUAGCGAAACAUGAAGCGGCCUGCAAUCCCAGACCCCACAGCUACCUCAUUCGACUCCCACACGACUGCUUUCAAAACGCAACAAACUCUUUCUACUAUGAUGUUGGUAAAUGUCCAGCAAAGACAUGUGCCGGGAAGUUAGAGAAAGGACUCCGAUGCAGAGACCGCGUUGCUUACUGCUGCGGGGUCUCUAAAAUGGAAAUGCGGGAGAUUUUGUGCAGUGGCUACACACUUCCUACUAAAGUCACCAUGGAGUGCGACUGCAGAAAAUGCACCGAAACCAAGGUGACUGUUCGGGGAAGAGCCAUAGCUGCAGAUAAUGGUGAACCUAUGAGAUUUGGCCACAUAUACAUGGGGAACACCAGACUCAGCAUGACUGGCUACAAGGGAACCUUCUCCAUCCACAUCCCAGCAGACACCGAGAGACUGGUGCUCACCUUUGUUGACCGCCUCCAAAAAUUUGUGAAUACAACAAAGGUUCUGCCGUUCAAAGAAAAGGGAGGAGCUGUUUUCCAUGAGAUCAAGUUGCUCAGAAAGAAAGCCCCCGUUACUCUAGACUCCGCUGCAACCAACACGAUCCCCUUGGGGGACAUGGUCGGAGAUGAUCCGAUAGCUGAACUAGAAAUUCCUCCCAACACAUUUUACAGGCAGAAUGGAGAACUCUACAUGGGCAAAGUCAAGGCCAGCGUGACGUUCCUUGACCCAAGAAAUGUCUCCACCGCCAGCGCGACACAAAGUGACCUGAACUAUAUAAAUGAGGAAGGUGACAUGUUCCCGCUGCGCACGUAUGGCAUGUUCUCAGUGGACUUCACUGAUGAAAGAGGCACGGAGUCUCUUAAUGCGGGCAAAGUAAAGGUCCACCUUGAUGCCACUCAAGUCAAGAUGCCAGGGCACCUAAAGAAGAUGAAACUGUGGUCACUGAACCCAGAGACGGGAUUAUGGGAGGAAGAAGGGGGCUUCAGACUUGAAAAAAGCAGGCGUCGCAAACGGGAGGAAAGAACAUUUUUGGUUGGGAAUAUGGAAAUCAAAGAGAGGCGGCUUUUCAACUUAGAUGUGCCAGAGAGCCGGAGGUGCUAUGUCAAAGUACGAGCCUAUAGAAGUGAAAGGUUUCUGCCAAGUGAACAGAUUGAGGGGGUUGUGGUAUCAGUGAUCAACAUGGAGCCACAGGCAGGUUUUGCAUCCAACCCAAGAGCCUGGGGUCGUUUUGACAGUGUGGUCACUGGUCCCAAUGGGGCUUGCCUACCAGCUUUCUGUGAUGAUCAAAACCCAGAUGCCUACUCAGCUUACAUCUUGGCAAACCUCGCGGGAGAAGAACUUGAAGCUGUGCCCUCUUCCCCCAAACUCAAUCCAAAUGCCAUUGGCGUCCCACAGCCAUAUCUCGAUAAGCUGAACUACCAGAGGACUGACCAUGAGGAUGCUAACGUUAAGAAAACAGCCUUCAGGAUCAGCAUGGCUAAACCGCAACCAAACACUGCAGAUGAGAGCAAUGGCCCCAUUUAUGCCUACGCAAACCUAAGGGAAUGUGAGGAAGCUCCAUAUAGCGCAGCCCACUUUAGAUUUUACAGAGUUGAAGGAGGCGAGUACGACUACAACACAGUUCCCUUCAAUGAAGAUGACCCUAUGAGCUGGACCGAAGACUACCUAGCUUGGUGGCCUAAGCCCAUGGAAUUCAGGGCCUGUUACAUCAAAGUAAAAAUAAAUGGCCCCCAGGAAGUGAACAUCAGAUCUCGCAACAUGGGCGGCACGCACCCGCACACGGUUGGCCAGCUUUAUGGCAUCAGAGACGUACGCAGCAUUCGCGAUGUAGACCAGCCCAACCUUUCAACGGCCUGCCUGGAAUUUAAGUGCAGCGGUAUGCUCUAUGACCAAGACCGUGUGGACCGCACGCUUGUACGAAUCAGUCCCCAAGGCAGCUGUUACAGAGAAAGUGUCAACAGCAUGCUCCAUGAGUACCUAGUCAAUCAUCUUCCCAUGGCUGUGAAUAACGACUCAAGUGAGUACACCAUGGUGGCUCCUCUUGACCCUCUUGGCCAUAAUUAUGGGAUCUACACAGUGACAGACCAGGACCCUAGGAUAGCCAAGGAAAUAGCUCUGGGAAGAUGUUUUGAUGGCACAUCUGAUGGUUCUUCUAGAGUGAUGAAGAGCAACAUAGGCAUAGCAUUAACUUUCAACUGCGCAGAAAGAAAUGCUGCACAGCAAAGCUUAUUCCAGUCUCUGAGGAAUUCGGGCCAGCGGUCCCCACGAGGUUUCCAAAGAGACUGAGCGAGGCUCAGAAGGCAAUGAGGGAGCCACGCUGGUCGGGACACAGGGAGAGGAAUUAGCCUAAGCAGAAGUUCAACAAGAGCUCAGUAUUCACCUGCACAUUAGAAACAUACCAAACCACCAAUAAAUAACCCAUAACUGAUACAAUAUAGUCUAAAGAUAUUAUCGACCUGCAAAUACGCUCAUAUAAACAUAUAAGCUCUAAAGAAGCUAGGCAGCCUUACUGAAUUUCUCAUGACAUAAUAAAGGUGCAUAAACAUCUGAUUUUUACAGUCUGCCCCGAAGGAAAGGUAUGAAGCAAAAAAACAUUUGAGGCCAGGAGCAUUAGAGGCUUAGCAUCCUUUACUAAAUGCAACCACCAUAAAAUCCUUCUGUCUGAUAUGAAACAGCUUCACACUUUAGAAUAAAGGGGAAAAAAUCCCGAGGUUAAAUAUUGUACAUAAAAUAUUGUCCGGUGUGCUAAAGACUUUGCCAGCCCAAGUACAUGGACAGUAGUUGAUGACAACUAAAGGACAAAACUGACUUCUUCAUACUGAAUUCAACUGCAAGAUUUUGUACUUGAAAUGUAAAUAAUAUUUUUAUUUAUUUCCCUGCUCAUUUUAGAUCUACUGUAUGGAUGCAUUGCUAAAUCACACAGUGCACUUACUUUAUUUCGCAUAAUUUGCAGAAUCUGGGAAAAAAUAAAUAAGUCACAUGGGUUUUUCAGCUUCACUUGGCCAAAGUUCCAGCUCUGUUUUGCUUUUUGCAUUAUCCAAGCUGAGUCCCCAUUCCACACUAGAGCAGAGUAAUAAAAAGAUCAUUUUUGUA